UAUAAUUCUUCCUUAUGCCUUUAUUAUUAAUUUGUGGUCCUCCUGCAAGUGGUAAAACACAAAGAGCUUUAGAAAUACAAAAGUUGAUAAAAGAGAAGUUAAAUAAAGAUUCUAUUAUAAUAAAUGAGGAGAAUUUACAUUUAAUUAAAGAUGACGCAUAUAAAGAUAAUACAAGCGAAAAGAUGACAAGAGGAUUUUUAAAAUCUAAUGUUGAAAAAUAUAUUUAAGCUGGUCAAUUAGUCAUAUUUGAUUCUAUUAAUUAUAUAAAAGGAUAUAGAUAUGAAUUAUAUUGUUUAGCAAGAGCUGCAAAAACAACUAAUUGCUUAGUAUUUAAAAGAAUAUAAUUUAGUUAUAUUUGAAUGUGCCAUUAGAAAUUUGUUAGAAAAACAAUGAAAAUCGUGAGAAUAAAUUUAAUGAUAAUUUAUUGAUUGAUUUAUAUAAGAGAAUGGAAAUUCCUAAAUAAAAAGAUAGAUGGGAAUGUCCUUAUUUCGAAGUAAGAUUUUAAGAGAAAACACCUUUUGAAGAGAUGGUAGAUGUACUAUUUUAUGCUGAAAAAACAGCAAAAGAUCCAAUUGCUACUAAAAAAGUAAUAUAAAAGAUAAAAUUAGGAAUAAUAAAAUGAAGGAAAUUUUGUACAUGAAUAAGAAAAAAGAGUUUAAGAAAUAUUAGAUUAAAUUUAAUAAAAGUAAAUAGAGAGUCUUCAAAUUGGAAAUGGAACAAUAAAGUUUUAAGGUACAAAAUCAACACUUAUUUUAAAACGUAAUUUGAGCAUAAUUGAAUUAAAAAAAUUAAGAUUAGAGUUUUUAAAUAUGCUUAGAAUAACUCCAGUAAAAACAUUAGGAGAUACUAAUGAAGCAUUUGUAAAUUUUAUAUAAGCUCAAAUAGAACGAUUAGGAUGAUGAUGAGAUUUUCUUUAUUUUGG